CCGGUUUUAUAUCUGAAGGGAGAACACUCCUGUUAAUUAUCAACAAAAAAAUAAUGGCAUGUGCAAACUGCAGCAAAACUUUAUCUAGUAUCUUUUUCAAGAGAAUCUGAAUUUGUGUAACUAAUUAACCAUGGCUACAACAGAUUUUGACAUGUAUGGUGGAGAUUUAGAGGCGGGGUCAGUUCUAGAGAACAUCAAGGACAGUCUCAAGUACAAGGAUGCCCAAAGCUUGAAGAUGUUUAUUUUGGAGAGAAAACUUUCUGAUGAUACAAUAUUUUAUGAAUUAGCUGGAGAAUUGGCUAAAAGUCUCACAGAAGAAAACUCUAAAAAUGCGCCAAUAUUUUUUGAGGCAUGUGAGAGAUGCAUGAAUUACAUUGUAAAACGUGGAAACCCAAAAGAGCUUAUCAUUGCACUUCUUGAACAAAUGGAUACAUUUAAGGAUGACGAGAAGUUUAAGGCUUUGUUAGGGUACAUUCAGCAGACUUUAAUAAAGUUGCCUUCAAAGAGAACACAAUCUUUAGAAAUUACCCUUGAAACUGUCCAUGCUCAUGUUAUAGAAUUGCCUACCCCUGCAGACCAUCAGCUUGAAAAAGACGAGCGAAAGUUGUUAGAACUGGAUAGAGAUGUAAGGCGAAUCACAGAUGUUAUUUUAGCAUACUUAGAAUUCCUUCAACCUUUUGUUAAAGAAGUAUCUUUGAAGAAUCCAGAUGCUGAUAGAGAGAAGGGUAAAAAACAGAUCGGAAUGUUGAUGGAACGUCUGCUUGCUAUGCUUGAUCAUCCUCUCAUGUUCCUUGAUCUUGUCUUUCAUCACAAACAAAUGGAAGAUCAGGAAAAAACCUAUGGGAGAGUCUGUGCUGAACAGUUAGUUGAACUCUUAACAGAACUCUGUCCAGAUUUAUUUAGAAUAUUGCAAAAUGGACAGCUCCCAAAGAAAAAGAAGCCAGCUAAAAAAUUUAAAGAACCUAGUAAAACAGAGGAUGAAUCUUCAGAUGAAGAUACUGGGCCUUUUGAAAAUGUAGUUGAAGGAGAGUUAGUUUCAGAAUACAGCUACGCAUGUUUAUCUUAUCUUAUUUUUAGAGAAGAUUUGGCAGUGGAUAGCAUUCCAUUUAUUUACAGACAUCCUCAUAUUCUACAGUCAAGCUUAUAUUACAUUCUGUUAUUGUUAAAAGCUGAUCAUUCAUUGGUCAAAUUCAAAGGAAUUUAUCUGCUACAAAGCCUCAUGGGAAAAAUACCAGUCACUACUCUGUCAUUGAAUGACCUUGACAAUGAUAAAUAUAAACAGGUUGUCAAUGCUUUGAUAGAUAUCAUGAUACAGAAUCCUGUUAAAGAAUUGCGCCAGGAAUGUGUUCAGCUAUAUAAAACAUUUAUAAGCAUGUUUUGCCUGCCUGCUCGAUAUAAGAUUUAUGAAAUGGUACUUAACACUUGCCCACAUGCUGGUAUGAUUGGCUACACCAUUCAGUUACUGAAAGAUCAGAUUGAUUCCGUAUUAAAGAACGAAUUAGAUGACCGUACAUUUUUUGGUGCAAAUCUGUAUAAAUUAUUAAAAAUUGUUGCCGUUGUUGAAGAAGGUGCUACACAAGAUAUACUACAAAUUUCUGACAGGGUUAUUGCUUUGUUGAAUUUUCUGCGUUAUUUGUUAUUACGAGAUCCCCCAGCAGAAAAUGUCACAAAAAUAUGGGAUUUUAUGGGUCAAAUUGAGAAACACUUCUUUGAACCUCUAAGACUUGCCCUUGAUUUAUCUAAAGGUCAUUAUCAAUUAGAUUUACAAGACCUAAAAGACGGACAGAAGAAGGCCAAGGGUGGUAAUGUAGAUUUAGGUUUGACUGUAGGUGGAGUUGCAAUGCCUCAUGUUCCAGUCGGCCAGCAAGUACAAAUUGUUGAGUCAGCUUUAAAUACAUUUGAUGUUAUAGACAGUAUAUUAUGUAGAAUAACUGAGAUUACAGAAAUGCAGAAGAAAACUACAAAAUAGGUCGAUCAAUAGAUUGAAUUGUGACUUUUGCGAUUGAAGAAGAAAAUAUCAAGCUUAUUUCGACUCUGUCAUAAACUGCCUUUAAAUGAAUAUUAAAUUAAUAUACUGCUAAAAUUGCAUUCAACUGUAUUUUCCAAAAGAAGUUACAAUAUACACACAAAUAUACAGAUGCAUCACCCUAAAAAAAAAAACACUUUUAAUGACUUUUAAAUCAAGAAUCAGAUUGAAUUUGUUGACUAUUGAAUUUUGCGCAUGUAUCAUACACUUUUUAUAUACUGCUAUUCAUGCACCUUGUUAGUUUCUUUGGUACAUGCAGUUCUUUCAAAUGGAAAUUUAAGCAAACAGCAACCAAAUAAUUUAUUCCAGUAAUUCAAAUCAGAUAAAAAUAUUGGUUUUUACCAAAAUUAUACUGGAAAAAACCCACUUCAAUAACAAAUUGUGCUUUUUAUUUUAUCAAUUGUCUAUUGCUUCAAUUAUGACAACACAAUAUAUUUCAAUAAUGUAAACCACCUGAUCAUGAUGAUUUCCUGAUAAAAACUGUAGCAAUAUCUGAA